GAGGAGGAGGCCCGGCUCCGCGAGGCGGCGGCGGCCCAGCGGGAGGUCGAGGAGCGGCGGGAGCUGGAGGCACGGCUGGCGCAGCUGCGGCGGGAGGCGGAGGAGGCGCUGCGGCAGGCCCGCGGCCGGCAGGCCGAGCGCUCGGCAGAGGAGGCGCGCGAGGCUGCCGAGGCCCGGGACCGCGAGGACCUCGAGCGGCGGGAGGCGGCCAGGCUCCGCGAGGAGAGCGACGCGCGGUGGCGCGCGGAGGUGCGGGAGGCGGCGGCACAGCGCCGCGCGCUCGAGGCGGCCGAGGCCUCGGAGGCGCAGCUGCGGGAGGCCGAGGCCGCGGCGGCGAGGGCCGAGGAGCGGCGCCGCGAGCGCGCCGCGGCCGAGGCGGCCCAGGCGGCCGAGGCCGACGCGCGCAGGCGGCAGGCCGCCCGCGCCGCGGCCGAGCUGGAGCGGCUGGAGCGCGACCUGUGGAGGCACCGCGAGGCGCAGGAGCGGCGCAGGCGCGGCGAGGUCGCCGCCGCCCUGGAGGAGGAGGCCGCGCGGGCGGCGCAGCGGGCCGCGGCGGACGGGGCCUGGCGCGGCGAGGUCGAGGGCUUCCGCAGGCGGGCCGCCGCGGAGCACGCCGCCGAGGCCGAGGAGGAGCGACGGCUACGCGCCGAGGCCGCCGCGCUCGGCGCCGGCGAGGCCGAGCUGGUGGCCACGUCGGCGGCGGACCUGCCUCGGCUGCUGCGGGCGCUGCAGCGGCAGGGCGACCUGCGGCUGCAGGAGAGGCGGCGGACGAGGAGGAGCGCCGGGCCGCCGCGCAGAGGGAGGCGGCGCGCGAGGCGGCGCAGCGGAGGGCCCUCGAGGGCCGCCUCGAAGAGGCGGCGCGGGAGGAGGCGCGCGAGGCGGCCAGCUGGCGCGCCGCGGUGCGGGCCCGGAGGGCGGCGGCAGAGACGAGCGGCGAGGAGACCCUGUGGGGCCGCGGAAGUGGCGCGGCGUCCGCGGG